CGAAAGAGAGUACCUUGCGGACGAUCGGAACUAUUAGGAGCAGGGGGAGAAAGGGGAAAUGCGAAUUCGUCUCGACUCGCGCGCGACGUCGCUAUUUCCGGGCCACCCAGCGGAGCAGUAAUUAGCUCGGUCCAACGUGGAUCGAAAGCUCCGUGAGCAAAUGUCGCUGAGAGAAGAUCGCCGAUCACGAUCGUUCGAAUCACGAAAGCCACAUCCGUUAAUCCUUCGCGUAAUCACGCUGACCCUCGAGAUUCUUCGUCGGGAUCAGUAUGGGCGCUUUUUAGCCUAACCUACCUUAACAAAGCAUUGUAUGAAGAUUCGGCUAAAUGGGGAAAGUCAAGAAAAGACCGGAGUUGCUCCAUCGUAGCAAAUCGCGGAACAUACUGCGCAACUUAAUGCUGAGGGAUUUCGGAUUGCGCACGACCCAUAAAACCAGCACGCGCGAAUUGGAGCCAAUAGCCGAGGCGAACUUUGUGCUGAGGGACCACAAGGAAUUGAAAUGCGAAUUACCUGGUGUUCCUAGAGCCACUUUCUUAAUGGUUUUCAGUCCUGAUGGGACCAUGGUAGCAUCUACGCACGGGAAUCACAAUGUUUAUAUCACGGAAAUUACAACAGGGAAGAAUAUUAGAACCCUGUCCGGACAUCCACGUACUCCCUGGUGCAUAGCUUUUCACCCAUCCUCCAGUCAGAUCUUAGCAUCCGGGUGUCUAGGAGGUCAAGUUCGCGUGUGGGAUUUAAGUGGUGGUAGUGAAAUUUGGAAUGCUGAUAGUCAUACUGUUAUCGCUUCGCUCGCGUUCCAUCCCUUUGAAAGAUUAUUAGUUAUAGCCACGUAUAAUGAAAUUCAUUUCUGGGACUGGAGUAAGUCUCAACCUUUCGCUGUAACUGCUACAAAGACUGACAAAGAAAAAGUGAGAUAUGUAGCUUUUGACAAUUUAGGAAGAAAACUAAUCACAGGCAUCGCGAAUACACCGCAAGUACAAUCACAAUGGGAUCGAGCUCCCGUGGGACAGUUACUUAGAACUAGUUUGAUGAACUUUAGGUACCAGCCACGAGAAAAUUUCCCGGACAUCGAACUUUCACCUUUUCAUUUGUGGAACCACUCUUUUUAUGGAAGAGGAUCGGCGGACGGAACUGCAGACAGAACUUCUCGUGCGUAUCUGUUUAUGCGCAGUUUCUCGCGAGUCGCCAAUCAUCAACAGUUUAGGAACAGUACGCGGCAGGAAGAAGCGCGAUUUCAGCGACGACGAAAUCUAUCCGAAGAACUGAAUCAAACUAGGGAAGCUACAUCUUCUCCAAGCAUCGCGAGAGAUCCGCCUCGUCCGAUCGGUAAUCCUGCGAACGUGGACAGUGUUGAUAACAGAUCGGCGGACGACAGUAAUGACGAUGAUUUACCGAGCUUAGUGAGGAGGCACGAUCGAGAAUCCAACGCGAUAAAUGACUCUCAUCCUAGAGAUGAAUUGUAUGAGCGACUAAACAAUGUGUUGGUUGGCGUGGAAAGGUUCCAUAGGAAUAAUUCUCAAGAUCCGGAGAGGAGAAUAAAUUUAUGUUACAGAGAUCUCGUCGAUCAAUAUGUGACACUUGUAAGACGUUACUUUGACGUCUCUAGGAACAGAGAUACGAUUGAUCGCGGCACUGAUCCCAUGGAUAUGCCGGAGGCAUCAUCUUCUAAUCCCGAGGAGUCCAGUAGUAGAAACGAAUCGGCGGCGACUGAAUCGUCUAUACGAAGAUUAAGGAACGAGUUGAAUUCCAGUGCGCAAGCGAACAACACGAAUCUGGAAAGGUUGCAACGAUGCCAGCGAUUAUUGAUGGAACGUUCCGAGCAAGAAGAGAUCGGGACCACUCUUCAGAAUUUGCGGGAGGCUUUGAAUGUCGCCGCCGAGAAUAAUAGCUCGUGCCUGGUGCGAUUGCAGAAAUUGCGGGAGAGGUUGCAGCGACAGACUGCAACUUUAUUCGAACAUUCUAAUAAUCGCAACUCUGGCCUUCAGCUGCUUCGAAAUGCUCUAAAUGAUGAAAUCGAAGCGCUUAACAAUAUGGAGGCACAAUUUACUAACACUAGUUCCAGGAUCGAACGAUUGCGGGACGAAUUUACGAUGUACGGUAUUCUGCCGCGUAAUCGGCAUACGAUCGCGACCGAUCCUUCGCAAGUGAAUUUGAGCGAGGCUGAAUGGAGAUCUCUAACUCCGAAUGAUGGCCAAGUGCCCAGCACUAGUUCCGCGUCAAUAAUGUCUCCGAGAUUACACGUUUUAGAAUCGAAUGUAUUUCCUAGCACAAGUUAUGCCGGUUACGAGAAUGAAGAUCGUAGCACAACAUGGUCCAACACCAACAGUAGUGAAAACGCUAAUGCUUCGACAUCGAGAAUUAGUGGGAGGGCGACGAGAAGACGAUUCGACUCCUUGAACACGGAAGAUGAGCCGCCAAGGCAGCGAAAACGUAAAUUAGGUUAUUGGCCUAACGAGCAUGUUUCUGCGUUAUCCUUCCUUGAGGACAGCUCAUCUUCGAGUGAUGAAGGCUACUCACGAGCAUCGACAUCCCGUAAUGGUGCAUCUAAUUUCACAGUUUCAACGCAUUCGGCGUUUCAGCCAAACGUACCUAAAUCCGUAGCGCAACGAGCGAACAGUUCACAAAAUCAAGAAACUCCAACUAAUUCUUCCAGAUUGGACGAAACAAAUAGAAAUUUACCUGACAGUUUAAAUAACGAAUCAAACGAAGACAAUAUCCAGGAUAAUGGGAUAUCAAGGACAUCAAGGAUCACGUCAAAUGCGCAAGAAGCGAGAUCUCAAGAACUCGGUCGUAGACAGGGAAAUUCACCCUUACUCAGGAGAGUGAUAGAUGUUCUGCAAAUCCUCCGAAAUUUGCGUGCGGAUCGGAUGGAGAACAAUAAUACUACUCAGCAAGUAUUGUUGGAUGACUCGGAAAAUGGAUAUUGGUUGCUCGAGGAGAACAGCAAUUCAGAUUCAAAUUUGGAUGAUACGAACGCUAAUUCAAGCUCUCGUCGAUGGACUAGUCGAUGGAUACAGCUAGACACCUCUAGCAGAAAUUCAGAAUAUACUAACGAUUCUCCGAAUUCAGAGCAAACUCUACCAAGGCCGCUCUCGGAGGAUGCCGAUCAAAGUAUUAAUGAUGGACAGAGAGAACAAAGGAAUCAGUUGUCACCGGUGUCUGCAAAUCCUACUCGUUACGAACAACCGCCAUUGUUCCCUUUCAGAAGCUUACGAGAAAAUCAGUCCCAAAGAAUAGAACAGAAUCAAACACCCAAUACAAUCGGGUCCGGUAGUACACUGCUUCAAUCGCAGACGUUCGAUUCGAGUGCAACGCAGACAACGGAUUCAAAUGCAUUAGCGGGAUUCGCGGAAUUGUCGAGAAUGGUUAACGAUCCCGUUGCAACGAGAAUUGCUAAUGUAACUAGUUGUGAGAGUGGAUCGACGACGAGCGACAGGCAGCAGGAGCAACAGAACCAAGAUCAACGAAACGAUGAUCCGGAUCUCGAUUAUGUUAUAGACCCGAUAACGCUUGGUACUGACAACGUAGAUCCAAGAGAAAGUUCAUUGGGAGUUCGGCAAGGGAUUCAAUUGCUCAGUCGUCAUAUUGACAACAUGCAUCGCUUGUGCCGCGCACGCUUGGAAAUAGUUCAGCUGUGUCAAGUGCGCAAAAUGUGGGAGGAUCUGCAACGACAAAUACGAUCGUUACACGUGACGGUCCGCGUAGAGAGGCAGAGCCAGGUAGAAACGCAAAGAGACAACACCGUCAGCAAUCCUGGUCCGUCAACAUCGGCCGCGAGUUCGUCAAACGAAUCAGCAAAGAAUUUCAAGAAAGCGCUCCUAGAAAACUACCUAACUCUACAAAGAGAAAGUAAUGAGGGCGAUCGUGACGCGAGAUCGUACGAUCAGAAUCAACCAUCGACGUCGACCGGACUGACUGGUCUCGAGAGAAAUCGUGAAAACGAACCGACGUCUAGCACCCGUAAUGUCGAGGAGAGCACCAAUAUAAGUCUAUCAAAUCUAUUACCGAGUGACACCGAGUUACGGCGGAUGCAGUGUGUCAAGCUGAACGAGAUGCUGGACGGCUUGUACGCGCGGCUGACCUCACGUUGUCAAAAUUGCGAUUCUCGCGUCGCCGAUGUGCAAGCAAUGAACGAUCACACGUAUUCCAGUUUGACGUCCGAUGGUGACGUGCAGUUGCCCAGUAUGUCCAGUGUCGUGUCGAAUAUCGGGGCUAACGCGAAUCUUCCAGCGGUUACUGCAAUAACGACAACCGAGUCGGAGCCGUUGCCCAGCAUUUCGAGCUUCGUCAGUGGUUUCGAUCAUGCUGGUCCCAGUAGGUCGACCCAGGCAUCGGAUACAAAUGUUAAUUACCCCGCGACGGGCGACGUAAUCGAUAACAAUAACAGGAAUAACGAUAAUAUCAAUUCUGAUCCUCUCACGCAGUAUCCAGCGAACCAAACUGGAACUUCAGCUCGUCUCGCGACAUACAUAUCAUCCGAUUUGUCAUCUGAUUUCUCUAACAUUAGACAUAACAGAUUGCGUGAGAGACGGGAAAAAAUCCGAAAUCAUUUUAAAAUGUCGCUGAGAGCACUGAGGUCGCUUCGUCGUAGACAAAGCAUUAGGCCUCAAUCCGCCAGUAAUCCGUUUCGUCAUUGCGAACAUAUUAGAAGACCAUGGCAUUUGCGUAGGAACGUAUCUCAGAAUAACAGCAGCACUAAUAAUGACAAUUUAGAUGUGGGUAUUGAUAGGACGCGAGGCUCAAACACGUCUGAAUAUCUACAGAAGAUGAUUCUACGACUGGAGUUGCUAGUCCAACAGCAGAGGGCCUUGGCUCGAAACAGCAACAGAAGAUUAAAUAGUAAUAAUCGCCAAUCGGAAACUAGUAGAGACAACGAUAAUCGGGAGAUGGAAGAGAUUCGUGAAGCCACGAGAUUGAGAGCUAGACAAGUCCUCGGUUUGAUGGUGCGUUCUCUAAUUCAAUUCUUCGAAGUAACGAGAUCAGGAAAUGGUUCCCAAAGUAAUGUUCUUUAUGAACAAAUGUAUAAGUUGUACGUAUUGUUACAUCUGGCAUUGGAGCUAACAGACUUAUUGCUAGCACAAUUGGUCAUAACAAGACGAGAACUGGAAUCUAGUCAAUAUGGACCUUUCCCUUCUAAUUUAUCGGUCGAUAACCAAACUAGAGGUGACACGCGCGGUAGUAAUAACGUUGAUAAUAGUUUGCAGACGGAAAGCCCGCGUCGCGUGACGCCCGAUAACGCGUCAAGGCGAAACGCAGAUAGAGAGAGGUUGCCGAGAAAUCGCAGUGAAUUGCCAAGUGCAGAGGAACUCCUCUCGCACGGAAAUCGUUACCGCGUUAUGGCACGACGAUUAAAGCGGCUGUCUUACCAUCGACGGGCAAUUCAAGUUGUUAAUAGUUUUCCCGAAAAUCAAACCAGCAAUCCAGCGUCAACUAGAUCUAACGACAACGGUGACGAUAACAAUUAUGAUAAUAAUACGCAAAACGAAGAUAAUCGGCAAUCAACUUCUGAAAAUGCUCUGUCGGCAGAAGUGCAGAGUAUCGUGGAGAGAAUCCGAAGUAGCAGCUCGAUCGACAACGACGACCGCGGCGAGGUCAGGGCGGGAAUUGAAAAUCGUACGCUAGACGCUGCAAAUGAGUCACGAAACUCGAAUGAAAGCUAUCGACGAAGUUAUAGAAAUGCUACGGUAUCCGAACCGGCAGUGAGACGCAUCAAUGAAUCGAGGGGUCCACAAGAGACAGAGUCCAAUACACAUUCCAGCGAGAGCUGGAGGAAUUACAUUUCUUACACUUCGUCAGGAGACGAACAAAGCGCUAGAUCUUCGCAUCCAAGACCUCGUUGGACUCGCCAAUAUACGCGGGGCGCGUGCUCGUCGAUGCUUGAGCGUCUUGAGCAUAGAUAUGUCAAUUCCGAUUCUAAUAACAAUCGCAGAUUCUCUCACAGUAGGGAAGGCGCGUCUCUUCGACGAGAAUUUAAUGUUCCCGAGCUACAGGUGAACAACGUGCCUGUGAACGAUUUGGAUAAUCUGUCUAGUAAUCCGCGAAGAAGACAGAAUACACCGCCAACUCCCCCACACACGCCUCCGCCGUAUUUGAUUAAUAAUUUUCUCCAUAACGCCGAUAACAGAAACAACGAUCGGACAAACGAGACAGAUCAGCCUGGGCCAAGUUGGGCUGGACAAUCAAACAAUAAUAGAACCCGGGUGUUGACUCCAACGUUCUUAACAUUGUGGCGCAAUCGGGUUGGACCCACCUGGAUACCUCGCUACACUGAAUUCGUGAGUAAUACCGGAUCACGGAUUGGAGGAAGUGCUGGUGCCAAUCUCAGUAAUGGUAAUGGUGGUGAUGACGGAGGAGGCGGAGGAAGAAGUGCAGGAGGAGGUGGUGGAGGAGGAGGUGGUGGAGGUGGAGGUGGAGGAGGAGGAGGCGGCGGUGGUGGUGGUGGUGGAGGAGGAGGAGGAGGAGGAGGAAGUGGAGGAGGAGAAGCAGAAGCAGGAACAGGAAGUGGAGGAGGAAGAGGACAGGAUCCAGGAAAUGAUGAAAACGAUUAUUACUGGGACUUUGAACACCAUAUACCUGUGGGUAUACCAUUUAAUCCAGCGUUGGAAAUUCAGAGUUAUCGUGUUCAAGCAUGGGAUUUUUCCAACGGUGAUAUACCUGAUAUUACGGACUCUGAGAAAAACGUCGUGGUGCGUGAAUGUAAGAUUCAUAACGACGCCAGUAUUGACAUAUCCACGGAUGGAAAAUUGCUGGCGACGCUUCUGCAGUCAGGCCGUAUUAACGUGACGACCACAUUAGGUAUCUAUAGCCUACAGUGGGAAACGCUGGGAGAAAAGAUUUAUUCGACCAAUAUCGAUCAAACGGUAGUGUCUGUCUCGAUAUCGCCUACGCAACAGCAUCUUUUGGUAGGUUUGGCACGUAGGAUUCACGUACCCGCCAGGCCCUUUCCGAUGGCUCUGAUUUUCAAACUGAUGGAGAAGCAACCCGACGACGAGAAAAACGCUUCGUCGACAGAUCCGGCUGUGGCAGAGUUGAUUACAUUCGAUUCUUCCGACGAGAUGCUCGAUGAUAACGUUGUUUCUAGUACUCCGAGAGCUCCGAGACGAAGUAAUGUUACAGCAAACACUUACAGACCGCACAUUAGAGACUGGCGGAUUCGGAUGAGAAACGAGGACAUAGACAUCAAACGCAGGGAAAACAUGGUGCUUAUCCGGGAGUUGUUACAGAGCAGCCGGGAGGUGUCGAGCUACCUCAGUCUGAAUUGCAUCAGAUGGGCGCCGCAACCUGGCCAGGGAAUGGUUUACGCGACGAACACCGGACAAUUGAAUAUCCUGCAGUGAUCUACGCCCGUAGUAGAUGGAAGUAAACGUUCUCUUCGUAUUAUAAUGCUUACAAUGAAUGUGUCAUAUUACGAGUAUGACGUAAUACAGUAUCGGUUCGCCCCCCAAAUUUGAAUUUCUUUUCAAUAGAUUGUAAAGAAGGAUAUGCCAACAUGUGAUGUGCGGUAGUAGGUUUUUAUCAUGAUUGAUUGUAUACAAUCUCGGCAGAUUGUACGACAGUGAUAAAAUAGCACGAACUGCUACGGACUACAAUUUGUAUUUUAUUCUUUUUUUUCCCAUAACGUACUAUCAUUUUUAUAUUCUGCAAAGAAUUGUAAGAAAUGCAAGAUGUGUAUAGAUAUAAAAUAAUAUAUGUUCGAUCAAUUAGCUAUUAUUGUAUAGUUUAUCUGAUUUUUAUAUUCCUAUAAUUUAAAAGAAAGUACUCUGCAUCAUUUCUAUUAGACUGAAUUAGUAGUACGAUACGACUAUAUUCCUUUUAGGGAAGCUUCUGUUGCGUCUCAUAAUGUGAAAAUGCGGGGAACUGAGUCGUUAUAUAAUAUUAAUAUGUAUUUACCGAUCGGAUCAACGUUAAUGCCGUCAAAUAAAUCAUUCAGAACAUA